UUUUCUUCCCAUUACUCCUUCAACGACCAGCAGGCAGGUCCUUUCGUCCUUCUUUUUUCUUCUCUGCGCAGGCAGUAGUAGUUUCUACCUUUCGCAAUGGCCAGUCGUUCUUCUGGUCUGGAUUUCUCCGACCGCCCCUCGACGCUAGACGAGCACCCGGAUUUGCCCAACCCUUAUGGCAACGGGCACGAACCUUCUCACCUUCAGCGCAAUAAGACUGAGCGCAAGAGGCUCCAAGGUCUUCAGAGGUCCUUAACGAAUUCCUCUAUCCCUAGACUGGCCUUUCAGCCGAAGGGCUGGAGAGAGAAAUGGAAUGUUUGGAUGAUCAAUGACGGUGGAAAACAGCUCUUCUUCGCCUUAUUUGUCUUCCUUCAUCUCCUUGUUGGAGUGUUCGGAUUCCUCAACUACGACUUGAGGGAUAAUUCGGUCAACGCUCGCGCUACGUUUGGUAUCACAUUUCCCAUCGCUCGUACUGCUGCCCUGAUUCUUCACGUUGACGUGAUCUUCAUUCUUUUGCCGGUCUGCCGCAACUUUGUCUCACUCCUUCGUCGCACACCUCUUAACGAUAUCAUUCCGUUCGAUAAGAACAUUUUAUUACACAAAGCCACCGCCUGGUCCAUGGUUAUUUGGACAACCGUCCACAUUCUUGCACAUAUCGUCAACAUUUACAAAUUAGUUGACGCCAUCCCCGGUGCAUCUACGAGCGAAAAGGUCAAACAGUUCGCGCUUGCAAACGUCGUCACUGGACCCGGUCUUACAGGUUGGAUUAUGACCAUAGCUCUGGGAAUCAUGGUGUGGUAUGCCAUGGAGAAGCGUCGCCGUGCCAACUUCGAACGGUUCUGGUACACCCACCAUCUAUUCAUCGUUUUUUUCAUCAACUGGCAAUUGCACGGCAUGUUUUGCAUGAUCAAGCCUGACAGGCCCCCGUACUGCUCCUUCAACAACAUUGGCGUGUUUUGGCGCUACUGGCUUGUUGGUGGUGUCAUCUGGGUCUGGGAGCGCAUUCUUCGCGAAAUCCGGUCACGUCAUGUCACCUACAUCUCAAAGGUUAUCCAGCAUCCCUCGAAUGUAGUGGAACUCCAAAUCAAGAAAGAGAAGACUACCACCAGGGCUGGACAGUAUAUCUUCCUGUCGUGUCCCGAGAUAUCAUACUUCCAGUGGCACCCUUUCACUCUCACCAGUGCGCCUGAGGAGGAUUAUAUCUCCCUUCACAUUCGCGUUGUUGGUGACUUCACGAAGGCUUUGGCUGAGGCUGUUGGAUGCGACUUUGAAACGAAGGAGAAAGGUGCACCUGCUGGAGGAGUCGUCAUCGGUACCAACAUAAAUCCGCCCAUCAAUCGUACCCUCCCUCGUGUCAUGAUCGAUGGACCUUUCGGUAGCGCCUCGGAGGAUUACUUGAAUUACGAGACUAUCCUACUCGUUGGUGCUGGUAUCGGCGUUACUCCUUUUGCAUCGAUCCUCAAGUCCAUCUGGUAUAGGAUGAACAAUUUCGGGCACUCGAAGCCGACACGGUUGUCAAAGGUGUACUUCACAUGGGUUAUCCGCGAUUAUGGCAGCGCCGAGUGGUUCCACUCCCUUCUUCACGCAAUUGAGGAACAAGAUACCCUGAACCGAAUCGAGAUCAACAUUUACCUCACCGCCAAGAUUAAGGAGGAUGAUAUGAACAAUAUCUUCGUUCAGGACGUCGGCGCUGAGAAGGACGCGAUUACGUCUCUCCGCGCGCCCACACACUUUGGUCGUCCGAACUGGGACCGGGUGUUCAGUUCCCUUGUUCAGAAACACCCCUCGACCGAUGUUGGUGUGUUCUUCUGCGGACCGUCGCCUCUCUCGAAGCAGCUUCACACUAUGGCGAACAAGUACUCGGAUCCCCAGGGUACUCGCUUCUUCUAUGGCAAGGAAAAUUUCUGAUGGCUGAGCAUUGGGUGAGAAGUUUUAGUCAUUGAAACGGAGGGUCAGUUAUAAUUGUACGUUAGCCAAUUAUCUUUAGAUGAUACCUAGG